GGGGGAGUGCUGAAAGGUGAAAUAAUGUGACUUUUAUUUGAGUUGUGUAGAGUAAAGAGAUCUCAUGUCAAUGUGACUUCCUUCUUCAGAGAGGAUCAUUGAGAGAUCAGACCCCCCUUUAGACACUGUGAAGCCACGGGCUGUCGUGAUGUCGGAGCCCAAGGCGCCCACCCCAGCCCCAGGGGACACCUAUAAAGGCUGGCUCUUCAAAUGGACUAAUUAUAUCAAGGGAUACCAAAGGCGAUGGUUUGUUCUGAGCAAUGGCUUGCUCUCUUAUUACAGGACCCAGGCGGAGAUGGGUCACACAUGUCGGGGCACCAUAAACUUGGCCACGGCCAAUAUCGCGGUGGAGGACUCGUGCAACUUCGUCAUCUCUAAUGGCGGUGCACAGACGUAUCACCUGAAGGCAAGCUCAGAGGUGGAGCGGCAGCGGUGGAUUACUGCACUGGAGCUGGCCAAAGCCAAGGCUGUCCGCAUGCAGGUUGAAUCUGAUGACUCUGGGGAUGAGUGCUCAAACACUCCUCCUUCAGCUGGGCAGGGCGGAGGCUCACGCAACUCUGAGGUGCAAUCCACCCUCCGCACUUUGAACAGCAAGGUGGAGGAUCUCAGCACCUGCAACGACCUCAUCGCCAAGCAUGGCUCUGCACUACAACGGUCUUUGUCUGAGUUGGAGGGGGUCAAGUUGGGAGGAGAAACAAGUGAAAAGGUUCGGCAGGUGACUGAGAGAGCCACACUCUUCCGUAUCACCUCCAACGCCAUGAUCAAUGCGUGCCAGGACUUCUUGGCGUUGGCUCAAGCUCAUAGUAAGCGCUGGCAGAAAGCCCUACAGGCAGAGAGAGAGCAGAGGGUGCGACUAGAGGAGACACUGGAGCAGCUCGCCAAACAACACAACCACCUGGAGAGAGCGUUCAGAGGAGCUACUGUACUGCCUCCUUCCCAGAGCAACCCUGCUAUAGACAGUAAAGGUUCAGCUCCGAUUAAGGGCGACGCCAGCGACGAAGAUGAUGAGAAUGAAUUCUUUGACGCGUGCGAGGACAUUCAAGAGUUUAUCACUGUACCAGCAGACCCCAAAUAUCACAGGAGAUCCGGCAGCAAUGUCAGUGGAAUCAGUAACGAGACUGGAAUGGAAGACGGGACGACGUCGCUAGAUGAGCAGUCUCUGUCAUCUAAUCCGGAGACUUCUCAGUCCCAGGAGGUUGUGCCCGUGAGAAAGAGGCGGAACCGCAUCCCAGAUAAACCAAAUUACUCGCUCAAUCUAUGGAGCAUCAUGAAGAACUGUAUAGGAAAGGAGCUUUCCAAAAUACCAAUGCCUGUGAACUUCAACGAGCCCCUGUCCAUGCUGCAGCGUCUCUCAGAGGAUCUCGAGUACUACGAACUGCUGGACCGGGCCGCUAAAUGCCAGAGCUCUCUGGAGCAGAUGUGUUAUGUGGCAGCUUUCACUGUAUCUUCUUACUCAACUACAGUUCACCGCACGGGCAAACCCUUCAACCCUCUGCUGGGAGAGACAUUUGAGCUGGACCGCAUCCAGGAGAGCGGCUACAGGUCUCUCUGUGAGCAGGUGAGUCAUCACCCACCCGCUGCGGCACAUCACGCGAUCUCCGAGCGAGGCUGGACCCUUAGACAGGAGAUUGCCCUGGCCAGCAAGUUCAGGGGCAAAUACCUUUCCAUCAUGCCCCUCGGUUCUAUUCAUUGUAUGUUUGAGAAGAGUAACAAUCACUACACCUGGAAGAAAGUCACCACCACAGUGCACAAUAUCAUUGUCGGGAAACUGUGGAUCGAUCAGUCAGGCGAAAUAGACGUUGUUAACAACAAAACAGGCGAUCGCUGCCACCUCAAAUUCGCCCCGUACAGCUACUUCUCCAGGGACGUUGCCAGAAAGGUCACGGGGGUGGUGACCGAUAAAGAUGGAAAAGCGCACUACGUUCUUUCUGGGACGUGGGAUGAGAAGAUGGAGUGCUCUCGUGUGAUGCAAAGCAGCAGAAGGGGCGAGAUUGGCGCCGAAGGACGACAGAAAACCGUCUAUCAGACGCUCAAAGCCAAAGAGCUGUGGAGGAAAACUCCACUGCCAGAUGGAGCUGAGAACAUGUACUACUUCUCGACCCUGGCGUUGACAUUAAAUGAGCCUGAGGAGGGCGUGGCUCCCACGGACAGUAGGAGGCGGCCGGACCAGCGUCUGAUGGAGCAGGGCCGCUGGGAGGAGGCCAACGCAGAGAAACAGAGACUGGAGGAGAAACAGCGUAUCGUCCGUCGAGAGAGGGAGCGAGAGUCAGCCCGCACUUCCAACCCAUCAGAGGAGGCUCUCACUGAGGACCCCAUAUCUGACUCGCCUUUAAAAAAUGAAGAAGUCGAGAUUGCCAGCGAGCCCUCUGAGACCACUUACAAAACUGAAACACUGCACGGCUCACACCCACCAGCAUACUCAAGUGCUCACCAGGACAACUACCAGGCGAUGUGGUUCGAGCGGCAUGUCGACCCGGUGACAGGAGAGCCCACGCACAUCUACAAAGGGGGAUACUGGGAGACCAAGGACCAGGGCAACUGGGACAACUGCCCGGAUAUAUUCUGAUCCGAAUCACGCAUAUACACCUGCUCUGUGCACUAAACCACCUGAUGCCCCACCACAUCCCCAUCCCAGAAAACAAAAACAAACAGAAGCUCAGCCAGCUGCCCCCUACGCUAUUCCGUACCAUAGUAUCAAGAUGAACUUUAACACAUCAUUCUCUCUUGCUCCACCAUUAUGUCUACUCUGUGGAGAUUGAGGGACUCCCAAGAUGUUUCGGGAAGGUUCUCACAUCUCCAUUUACUUUUUCUCUUAAUGCCUAUAGGGUUCAUGGGUCAGUACAUGCUAGCAUUAGGACAACAUCCCCUGAUCAGCCCGGUCUGAAUCCUGCACUCCACACGUCUUCCGCGGGCUGUGGACUUGACCUUCUAAACAUCCGAAAGGGGGGUGAUUUAGCAAUUUAAGAGAUAUCCAUUGAGGCUUAUUCGCUGGUGUGUCUGAAUUGGAGAAUGUGUGAGUUAAGAGAAGCGCUGUAGUGUUCAUUCCUUAAUUGACUGUUUUGUGAGAGAUAUCUAGCGGUUUCAUCAGGUUUUUCUGCCUUAGUUUGUGGAUUUAAACAGCAUAGUUCACCCAAAAAAGAAAAUACUGUCAUUCUUUACCCAUAUGCUAUCUUUACGUAGCGCUUUUCCAUACAAUGACAAUGGCCAAGAAACAACAUUAAAGCACCAUGAAAGUAGUCCAUACGACUCGUACACUAUAUUCCAUGUCUUCUGAAGCCAUAUGAUAGCGUUGUGUGUGGAGCAGAAAGUCGAAAUCCUUUUCCAAACUUCAUACUCCAUUUUGCAUAUUUUUAUUGGCACAUCUCAUUGGGUUACGACACAUCGAAAACCAACCGUGUUCUGCUAGCGAUUACGUCAAAACAUGGCGCAAAGUUUGCAGAACUUUGGCAAACGGGUGCGUUUUUCAUGAAGAACUGCUUAAAUUUUGGUUCGUUCAUCACACAAAGCUAUUGUAUGUUUAAGACAACUUGAAAUAUAAUGCUUAAGUCAUAUGUACCAGUUUAAUGGUGUCUCUUGGUCUUUUUUGGAGCUUGACAGUAAGGGGCACUAUUAACUGUCAUUGUAUGUAAAAGAGCUGCAUGUUGAUAAAAAAAAAAAAAAAGAUUUUUUAAAGUUCAUCUGAAAAAAAAACAUUACAUGUUUGGAACACAUGAGAGUGAGUAAAGAGUGACU